UCCCACCCCCAGCUCCGAGGAGAUGGUAGAAUCCACUGCCUUUUCUUAACUGCGGGAAAUCUCGCGAUGGAGGGAGGAAGAGGGACACCCCCAGAAGCAUUGAAAGAAGAAAGGCAGUCGGGAUAUGCUCUACCUGCAAGUCUUGAAGCCAACAGCCUGAAGAAAAGAAAUUGGGGCUUCUUACUCACUGGCAUCGUUGGUGGGACGCUGGUGGCCGUGUAUGCUGUGGCCACACCGUUUAUCACCCCAGCCCUCCGGCGCGUUUGUUUGCCUUUUGUACCUGCGACUUCAAAGCAGAUUGAAAACGUCAUGAAAGCGCUGCGGUGCAGAAGAGGGUCCCUGGUGGACGUCGGCAGCGGUGACGGGCGCAUUGUGAUAGCAGCUGCAAAGGAGGGGUUCACCGCUGUUGGUUAUGAAUUAAACCCGUGGCUGGUCUGGUACUCCAGGUACCGCGCGUGGCGAGAAGGCGUGCAGGGCUCCGCCAGGUUUUACAUCUCAGACCUGUGGAAGGUUACUUUUUCUGAAUACUCAAACGUCGUGAUUUUUGGGGUACCGCAGAUGAUGCCGCAGCUGGAGAGGAAGCUCGAGCUGGAACUCCAGGACCACGCUAGAGUCAUCGCCUGCCGGUUCCCCUUCCCGCACUGGAGCCCGGCCCAGGUCACCGGGGAGGGGGGUGACACCGUGUGGGCCUACGACGCCAGCUCUUUCCGGGCCGUGGAGAGAGGCCCUGAGGGUCGGUGUGCUUCAGUCGGUCACUCACGUAGAGACUUUAUCGAGGAUGGUUUCUGAAGCGUUGGGGUCUUUGAUUUUAUAGAGACUUAAGGCUGUGUCUUCAGCAAAGCAUGUGUUUUUCCUUGCUGUGGAAUGAGAAAUUCUGAUUGCUUUCCUUAACUUUUGGAGACAAUAAACAGAAGUAAAAAACAGCAGGGAGAUUUAAAGCCCCACUGUGUUGCGUUCUGACAGACGUGCGUACGUGUUGGGAGCCCGCGGGUGUGUGGAGGUACCAGUGAGCGGCGGUCAUGUCCAUGGGUGGGAGGGACGUCAGCCGCCCUUCACAUUGUGAAGAAUCCGAUUUGAUGCCAAGAUGAGAAGAGACAAAUUUAAAGAGGGAAUGCUUUUGUGCAUGUUUGCAGCUUCCUGAAACUUUAUUCAUGCUUAAGAUUUCUCUUUCUUUUCUGGACUUCAUGGCAAAAUUAAUUUUCUAAAGGAGUUAGAGACACAUUUAUAACAUUUAUUAGGAAUAAUUUGUUCUGAGGCUAGUGGAUUAUUUUGUUUUAUUUUAUUUGUUGUUUUGCUUUUUGGGAGGUGGGGAAGGAGGAAGUAAUUUGGUUUAUUUGUUUAUUUUUAAUGGCGUUACUGGGGAUUGAAUCCAGGACCUCGUGCAUGCUAAGCAUGGACUUUUACCACUGAGCUCUCCCCUCUCCCCUGAUGACUGUAUUUUAUUGAAUCUAAGACAUAUAGUGUAUGUAAAUGUGUGGGAAUAAACAGACACAUUUUAACAUUUCUGA